AUUUGUCUUUAUUGUUAAAAUCAUAGUAGAUAUUAUGGCCACCAAUAUGGAAGUAUCUGUUGCUUAUCCUGCCUCUAGAUUCGAGGCAGAUAACCAGUUAACCAGCCGUGAGGUUCAGGAAAAGUACCAACAUGCUGCUGAUAUUUUGAAUGGCAUCAUGCCACUAGUUGUUGAAAAGGUGGCUACAGGCAUUUCAGUCAGCGAUCUUUGUCAAUACUGCGAUGAUCUUAUCGAAGCUCACACGAGAAAUAUGUACAAAAAUGCAGAAAGAGGAAUUGCAGUACCUACAUGUAUUACUCUGAACAACUAUGUGCAAUACUUUUCACCUUUAUAUGAUCAAGAUGUGACUUUAAAGCCCGGUGAUGUGGUUAAAAUCGAAACAGGUGUGCAUAUUGAUGGUUAUAUUGCUACUGCAGCUCAUACAACAAUUGUUUCUAUCAACCCUUCUGAGCCUACCACAGGAAAAGCAGCCGAUGUUGUUGCUGCUACCUAUUUUGCUUAUGAAGCUGCUCUUCGUAUGCUUAGACCCGGUGUCAGAGCCUCUGAAAUCACGCGUGUCAUUACAGAAGUUGCUGCUUAUUUCCGCUGCCAACCUGUCGAAGGAACUUACUCUUCUCCAAUGAAGCGAUUUGUUUUACGUGCUGGCAAGGAUUUAGAAAACCGUUUCCUUGACGAACUCCUUGUUCAAGAUCUUGACAAGUACGAUUUUGAAAUUGAAGCCAAUCAAGUAUAUCAGCUGAACAUCUGUCUCACCACUGGCGAUGGUACUGUUAAGAACACUGAUUUCAAACCUUUCAUCUAUCAGAGAGAUGUCAAUAAAAGCUAUCAACUGAAAAUGAAAUCAGCUCGUCAAGCCUAUACAGAAAUCAAUGCUCAUCACACCGUUUUUCCUUUCGCCACGCGUCAUUUAUCUAAUAACACCGUUCGAUUGGGCUUAGCAUCUUUAGUACAACAUGAAUUGAUUACCCCUCACCCUGUGAUGAAAACACGUUUACCCAGCGAUUUGGUUGCUCAAUAUAAGGGAACAGUGUUGGUGAUGCCAGAAGGUCCUGUGCGUCAAACAAAGAAUUUACCUUUGCCAUUUGUGCAUUCUCAGUAUUGUAUACCCCAAGGCACUACAGCAGCAACCGUGUUGAGUACACCCGAUGUUAAAGAAUUGAGAACACCAGCAAAACCUUUGCCUCCUGUUGAAGUUGUAUUUGGAGAGCGUCGCGCUGAGAAGGAGGAUGUUGAAAUGGAGAUGGAUGAUUAAGCUAUCACAAAUUACAGCAGCAUAGCAUUUUUUUUUUCCUUUCUAUAUUAGAAGAUUCAUUUGAAAUUGUAUAUAUAUAUAUAUUAUAUUAGACUAAGUCGUUUCGAGAGAUGAUCAGCAAUAAAGGUUGCCUUCAUUAUUUAAUAGUGAUAUCGAUGUAUUGGGUCUGUCAAUAAUAACACUGCAAUUGAAGGUACACUGAGC